GUGUGUUCAACAUGAUAAGGUCUGGAGUUCUAGAUAGCAAUGACUGAGGGUAUUAUGUAGGGGACAGGUAGAAUUGUAUAUGUAUAUAGAUUGUAUUGGGUUUUCCAAAUUUACUAUUGUAGUUUGUAAUAUACAUACUGAUAUAGAAUAAGGAAUCAUACCUUUCUUAAAUUUUUAUAACCGACAUGGACGAUUUAAAUUUAUCACAAGACCAAACAGAGAAAAUUCUUCAGUUUCAAGACCUUACUGGGAUUGAAAACCUGGCUGUAUGUAGAGAUGCUCUUCAAAGACAUGGUUGGGAUCUUGAAGUCGCAGUACAAGAUCAGCUUAACAUCAGUGAGGGUAGACCUUCAUUAUAUGCUUCAGAACAUACUGCACCAACUGUAGUGAAUGAUGGUAUUGUACAGCAUGUAUUUUACUCUCCGCCCUCUGGUAGUUACAGAUGGGGAGGUCCUUUUGGAUAUUUUGUAACAUUCGUCUUCCAGUUCUGUUAUAAUACAUUGACUUCGAUUCUGAAAUUUGCCUUUUCACUUUUCUGGAAAGAUACUCGAAGAGCUGUUACAGAUCCUGUAGGAGAUGUUCUUAAAUUUAUUGACCAUUUCAAUGAAGCAUAUGGAAGGAACCAUCCAGUUUUUUAUCAGGGCUCUUACAGUCAGGCCCUCAAUGAUGCUAAACAAGAACUGAAAUUUCUUCUUAUUUAUUUACAUCAAGAGAACAACCAAGACUGUACAAGUUUUUGUCGUGAGACGCUUGCUAAUGCAGAAGUUAUUAACUACAUAAAUAAUAACGUACUGAUGUGGGCUUGCACCAUGAAUAGCGGUGAAGGAUACGCAGUAUCUCAAACACUGCGAGCUGGUGGAUUUCCUUUCCUAGCUAUGAUUGUUUUGAAAGAAUCCAGAAUGACUCUAGUUGGAAGGCUAGAAGGACCUACUAAUUGCAUUGAGUUGAUGAGUCGCCUCGGAGCCAUCGUCAGUUCAAAUGUUUCAUAUCUAGACACAGCACGUUCUGAAAGAAUUGCCAGAAGUCUUACCCAAACAAUAAGAAGAGAACAAGAUGUCGCUUACAUGGAAUCGCUAAGGGCAGAUCAGGAGAAAGAAAGGAGAAAAUGUGAAGAAGAAGAGAGGAAAAGACGCCUGGAGGAGGAAGAAAGAAACCGACAAUUAAAAGAACAACUUAGAAAAGAGGCCAUUCGAAAGGCUAAAGUUGAGAUGGCUUCUGAAGUGCCUUCUGAACCAGAAGCUGUUCAUCCUGAAGCUGUUUGUGUAGUUUUUAAAAUGCCAUCUGGUGAACGACUUGAGAGGAGGUUCCUUCGCUCUCAUACUUUAAAAGAUAUUUACAACUAUGUGUUCUGCCAUCCUACAUCCCCAGAUUGUUUUGAAAUUGCGACGAAUUUUCCAAAACGAAUACUUCAAUGUGAAACCGAAGCAGACAAAACAUUAUUAGAGGCUGGUCUAGGAAAAAGUGAAGUGCUUUUUGUUUAUGACCUCGAAGCAUGAAAUGCAGCUUUUCAUUGCGAAUAUUCUGGCCCCAUAAUGUUUCGUAACGCAAUUUUUACCAUCAACUCCUGUUUCCAAUCAUAUAUAAUUCCUUUUUAAAAAUUAUUUAUUUUUUUUUUAAAUAUAAUUUAUUUAUGAAUGAAUAUAUGAUGUUGACCAGGAUUGUAUCAGAAGUAUUUUAAUUUUCUUAAUUGCAUUUGUUUUUGCACAUUUCCAAUAGCGAUUUAUUUUAAUCGCUAAAAUUGAGGUUUUUUUUUUCCAAAAAGAACUCCUUCAGUUUUUUGUUUUGUUUUUUAAAUAUAUAUGUAUAACUGUGUAUAUUGUAAUGUUUUUAUACUAACUAUUGUGAUUUAACUUGUGGUAUUUAUUAAGUCAUGGAAAGAUUAAAGUUGUAUGUAUCUGUGCAAUUUUAUGUUAUAAAUGCAUUUUCUAUAUAUUUUUGUUCAUUUUCUUUAGUGUUAUUUUAGAUUCCCAUCUAAAGAUGUGAAAGAUCUCACGAUACACUUUUAUAUUCACUAGUUAUGUUUAGGUUUAAUUUUAAUAAAAUGAAUUUUUUUAGAAAAUUGAAAAAAGAAGUGAAUCAUAGGCAAUAGAAUAUACAUUGAAACUUCUUUUACCUAGAUUAUAGAUUCACAAAAAAAUUGUGUUAACGAAUCAAACAAUUUUUUCUUUAAAGCAUUAAUUAUGUCACUUUCAGAGCUUUAUAAGGUUUUAUUACCUUAUAAUCAUUUUAUUUUGAUGUGAUCUUAAUAAAUUGAAGCACACAUCAUAGAUGCGUGACAGAAAUCUUGAGGAGAAUAUUUUCUGUAUUGGUAUAUUUGUGAAUAAAAUUAAAUGUUAUUUAA